AUGGAGUUCCAAGAGGUCAUGUCUCCGAUGACCACACCGACGACGUGUUACUCUGGGGCUCGGAACGGAGAAUGUAACACCAUUCGACUAGCGACCGAAAGCAAUCUUCUUGGGGUUCAUAUUGACUACAAGCAUGGAAUUAAAAGAGUCUCCAGUGAAGCAAUCCGUUCCAAUUUUAUUUGUGUCGGUCACUCGCAAUGGGAUAAUGAUCAUAAUACAAGCGUCUUUUUGAAUCCUUCACGAUUGCCGGUGGAAUCUGAUGAGCCUACUUUGAGCCGGCCAUUGGAUCGGGACGAUGCGGAUGCCUCGGUCGUUUCCAAUUCUGUCCCUGCUGGUGGUGCGUCGGUCGUUAGUACCAAGUCGAUCGGAACUGAUCCGCAAUCCAAGAGCAAUGCAUCGUCUCUAAAUACCGAAUCCAAAUCAAAUGAAAAUCAGUCUUCCUCUGAGCCAGAAAAGAUGGAUGGUCGUCUCGUCUUGACAACACCUGAGGCUGAAUACACGGCAGUUCUGACGGGAUUUCGUCCUCUGUCUCCCUGCUUAGCUUGCUGGGGAGAUAUUUCCAUGGGAGUUUGGCUGGGGAGUGCAGACGACUCGCAACUACGGCUGUACAUGCCAAACCGGGCAAAUGGGACACUAGAUCUUGUCAUGUCACUUCCUAGCGAAGUCCUCGCCUUCAAGACUUCAGUCUUGGCGAUUGAUUUCGCUUCAACACAAUCUUUGGAGGUUUUGGCAGUAGCGUGCCAAGAUGGUACCAUAAAAUUGAUCACGUGGAAGGGAGACGCCUUUGAGGAAAUGGGCUUCUAUCAAGUUAUCGUGGACGGUCCGAUACUGACUGUUCGAGUUCAAGAGUCGCUUGGUACUCUCAAUGUAUUUGUUGGCUCCUUGUGUGGAUAUGUGUGUCUUCUGUCUCGAACCGAAUCGCAUGGGCCGAAUCAAUGGGAUGGUCCCAAAAUGGUUGUAGAAGGCCUACACAACCAAGCCAUUGAAUCUGCCGACUCGGUUGUCGUAGUCAACAGUUUCGACAACAUUAUUGCUGUUGGAACGCAUGGAGGGCGCUGCAUCUUAUGUACUAGGAUCAAGAAUCGCUACGUAAAAGUUUGGGAAUGUCAACUUCCAUAUUCCGUACACGGUAUUCUGCUUCAAAGGGAUGAGGAUGGCGACAGACUGCUACUUUUGGCGACGACUCGACGGUCGCUUCACCUGUUCCUGAAGACCAACGGCAAAGACUUUUCAAAGGGAAAUGGUCUAGAAUCAGAGGCAACUUAUUGUGCUGCAAAUGUCCAGAAUCGUCUAGUGGCUUUGCUCAAGCCUGAAGCGCCUCUUCACCCAGAGAUUGUUGGUGAGGUCGAAGAUUCAAACAAUGAAGUCGACGAGCCGGAAAACAUCCAAGUUGAAGAGCCGGACCAGAAAGACGAAGAGUCGAAAAAUGAAGCUGAAGAUCAUUCUUCACAUGAAACUUCGCCUGAAGAGCUAGUGGCAAUGGCCAAACCCGAGGAAGAAGAGACGGCAGCUACUUCAUCGUGA